CUCCUUCAUCACUGCCGUCGGCGCCAUACACAACGCAUUCGCAGAGCCAUUCUUCCGCCUCUCGAUCUCAUCAAAGACGCAUCGCCUCGCUACCUCUAUGGAUUGAGACGAUGGUAUCUUUCAUCUCUUUUUUGUGAUUCUACAACUGCGGUGGCUACAAAUUUAUAGGCUGCUCGGCCCUUGUUUGGUGAUGGUGCUUGGAGUUUGGUUCAAUGGGAUGGGGGUUGACUUUGAGGAAUCUAUGGCGAUAUGAAACUAUCUAUACCAACACAUGCAGCUACCACGGCGGCAUCUAUGGGGAAUCGGCGUGCGCAGGUUGUACAUAAACCCUUCCCACUCCACGAUGCAGAGACUAAGGAUCUACCUCCUCUGGUGACCCCUGGCCCAUGGUUGUUCUGUGCGGGCGCGGGGUUUGGCAUCGUGGUGGUGAUGGCACGUUGGUAUGCCGGUUUGGAGACGGGGGGGCGGGCUGCCGACUUUGCUGUUGCCGUCGCCAUUGCGAGCUCUCUCCAGACAAACGUCAAGAAAUGGACCGACAAUCUCACUGGGUUCAUGGGCUGGCCUUACGACAACAUUCCUGUCGGUGUAGUUGGGUGGGCGGCUAGAAACACGAACCUCCUCCAAGGUUCUACCUCUGGCAUCGACGUCUAUACCAUGACAGAUCAAGACGGUGUACCGGAGUGUGACCCCCGCUGUGGUCGCUUUUUCCACCAAGAUAACAACUAUGUCUCCUAUCCAGGAGGAGCUGACCACCACUAUGACGUGUCUCUUUGGCUCACAGCAGGAAUGGAUGGCGGUGCUGGUGGUGACUGGGGCCAACGUGUUGGGCGCGAGUAUUUCUUGCCUGCUCUCGACAAUCCGCACAUUUGGCUACAUGAGUUUGGUCACACAAUGGGGUUCGAUGACUUCUAUGACUGGACACCUACUGGUCAAACAAACUUCAUCAUGCUCGCGGGCAGCUCUCAUAUUACAGAGUUCGAUACCUGGAUGAUGAGGGGUUUCUGGCGUCACGUCGCAAAUCGAUAG